CUGGCCUUUUCUUUCUUGCCUUGCGACUUGCGUUCUUGCUUGUUUUGAUUGUUUUUGAGUAUUACUUUGUAGGUGUUUUAAAAUUUCCACUCUAUAUUUUUUUAUUAACAACAUUUAUCAAACCAAUAAUGAGUAAAAAGCCGAUCUCCUUCGGUAAAAUAAACUUCAAUCUUAACAAGAAGGCAGAAAACGACAAAUCCGAAAAUGAAGAAGCCACAUCAGGAUUCGGUACAUUUGGGCGAACUCUCAUACAGGAACAUAAAGAAAUAGAAGAGAUAUCUGAUGAUCUUGAGAACCAACAUGUACACCAAGUCAUGGGCAUCAAAAAUUUCGGUAAAAAGGCUAAAAACUUUGACAUUGAUGAGAUGAUGGUUCAAGCUAAAAAAACCGCUUCUGAAGUAAAUAAACGCAAAUUGGAGGCGGAAUUGGGAGCAAAAAGCAAUGAAAAUAAUAAAGGAGAGGCUGACGAUGUUAUAGGGCCUUUACCUCCUGGUACAGAUGAAGAAUCUAACCAGAAUUCAACAGAAAACGAUUCAGAAGAUGAUUUGAUAGGUCCAACACUACCACCGACAAUGACACAAGCAGAAACAUCAAAGGAAAAGGAAGGAAAAGUAAAGAACAGUGAUGAAGAAGAUAGUUAUGAUGAAUUGAGUGGGUCUGAUGAUGAAGAUGCGAGUUUGGAGAAACGGAUACCUAAUACACAUGAGGUGGAAAUGCUUCAUGGUACAAAGGCCGUGGUGGCAUUGGCUGUGGACCCCUCAGGCGCCCGACUGGCGACAGGAUCUAUUGAUUAUGAUGUUUCCUUUUGGGAUUUUGCAGGCAUGGACUCGUCGCUGCGUCCGUUCCGCACGCUGCAGCCGUGCGAGAAGCACCCGAUGCGCGCGCUGCAGUACAGCGCCACCGGCGACCGCGUGCUGCUCGUCAGCGGCGCCGCGCAGGCCAAGGUCGUCGACCGCGACGGCUUCGAGGUGCUCGAGUGCGUCAAGGGGGACCAGUACAUCGCCGAUAUGGCCAGGACAAAAGGCCACACAGCGUCCCUAAACAGCGGCUGCUGGCAUCCCCACAUCCGAGAGGAGUUCAUGACUUGCUCCCAGGACGGAACCCUCAGAUUGUGGCUCACAGAGAACCCUAAACAGCACAAAGCAGUCAUCAAGCCAAGACAACAAGGGGGCUUGAAGACAAACCCAACCGCUUGUGCCUACUCUAGAGAUGGCAACACCGUCGCCUGCGGUUGUUACGACGGCUCCGUACAAAUGUGGGACCACAGAAAAGCUUUCGUCAACACCACACAAGUAUUAAGAGAUGCGCAUCAAAAACAAUCAGAGAUAUCAAGUAUAUCGUAUUCUUAUUUAGGAACCUAUUUAUCUACAAGAGGAAAUGACGACACGUUAAAAUUAUGGGAUUUAAGAAGCUUCAAGAAACCUCUGAAUGUUUUUAGCGGACUAUUCUCAAGAUACGAACAAACUGAUUGUGGAUUUAGUCCGGAUGACACUAUGGUUUUCACAGGAGAGUCGCUACAAAGAGGACAAGACGUGGGCAGGCUAUUGUUUUACGAUACUAAAACGUUCGAGCUAGUGUCUCAUAUUAAUGUGACAAAAUCGCACGUUAUCAAAGCAGUUUGGCACGCGAAAUUAAACCAAAUCUUCGUUGGAUGUGGAAAUGGUGUAGUGAAGUGUUAUUAUGAUCAUAAACGUAGUCUGCGUGGUGCGAAAUUGUGUAUAGUUAAGACACAUAGGAAGAAGCAUUCCGUGGAAGUUGUGAGCUCACAGCAGAUUAUCACUCCGCAUGCGUUACCACUGUUCCGUCAAGAGAAAUUGAGGACUAGUAAGAAGCGAAUGGAGAAGGACAGGUUGGACCCUGUGAAGUCUAGAAGGCCGGAUUUGCCUAUUACAUCGGGUCAGGGGGGGAGAGUAGCAGCUUCUGGCAGUACGUUAAGUUCAUUUGUGAUUCGUAACUUAGGUUUGAGUAAACGGGUCGAUGAUGAACAAGACCCAAGGGAAGCCAUCUUGAAAUAUGCGAAGGAAGCUGAGGAAAAUCCGUUCUGGGUCGCUCCAGCGUAUAAGAAGACUCAGCCAAAAGCAAUUUUCCAAACUGAUGGAGAAGAUGGGCCGCCUGAUGCGAAGAAAUCUAAGACAUAGGGUUGAGUAGAUUUUAUUUGUAAAUAAAUUAUGUUUAAGUAUUUUAA